AUGGCUUCCCCUGAUGUGGAAGCUCGGGUUAAGCCCACCAAGCCUGAUGAGGAGGCUUACAAGGCCAGUCUGGCUCAGGCCGAGAAGGAGCACACUGCUGCGCAAGAAAAGCUCAACCAAAUCAAGGCCAAGUUGGACGGCGCUAAGCCCAACAACUCGGACUCGCCCGAGGCCAAGAAGCAACAAGAACUCCGCGCAGAACUCUCAUCGAUCCGUCAAAAGCAGCAGGGAUUCAAGACCUCUCGUUCCAGCACCCAGGAAAAGAUCAAUGCUUUAGAUUCGACUCUGAAGGCUCGCAUUGCCGAGCAGAACAACUCGCGCGGCAAGAUGUCGUUCAAGAACGUUGAGGAAAUUGACCGUGAGAUCGCACGCCUAGAAAAGCAAGUUGACUCUGGAACUCUGCGCCUGGUGGAUGAGCGCAAGGCUCUUUCUGACGUCUCCAACAUGCGGAAGCAGCGCAAGGGCUUCGCCGGUCUGGAAGAGUCCCAGAAGACCAUUGAUGAUCUCAAGGCACAGAUCUCGGAGCUGCGCAAGACCCUCGACAAUGCCGAGGCCAAGGCCCUUAGCGACAAGUACACUGCGAUUCAAACUGAAUUGGAUGCCAUAAAGGCUGAGCAAAACAAUGUUUACAAGAACCUCAAUGCGCUGCGUGACGAGCGCACCAACCUGCGCAACGACCAGCAGGCCAAGUAUUCUGCUAUCCGUGAGAUCAAGGACAACUACUUCAAGAGCCGUCGUGCGUACAAGGAGUAUGAGGAUGAGGCGUGGCGUGUUCGCCGUGAGCGCCAGAAGGCUGAGCGCGAUGCAUUUGAGCGCGAGAAGCGCAAGAAGAUCGCCGAUAAGAAGCUGGAGGAAGCCUCCGCCUUGGCCUAUACCGAUGAGAUCCUUACUGCCCAGGGCCUUAUCCGCCACUUUGACCCCACCUACAACUUCGCCGCUCUGGGUCUUGAUGAAAAGAAGAUCGAGGGUAGUAACUUCCGCGCCGAGGUUGGUCGUAAGAUCGAGGACUCUGGCAUCAAGGGUAUGAAGGUUGUUGCUCGCAAGGAGGAGGAAGAUUACUUCGCUGGCACUGGCGGCAAGAAGGGAAAGAAGGGCAAGAAGACCACUCCCGCUCCCGAGACCGCCAAGUUCAACAUGAACAUUGGUGUCAUUGAGGACUUUGCUAAGGUCAAGGUCGAUCCCCCUAUGAACCAGACCGACGUCCCCGCUAUUGUGGAGAAGCUUGCCGCCAAGAUUAGCGAGUGGAAGAACAACCAGGCCAGCAAGACCGCUGAGAACAUCGAAAAGGCCAAGGCCGAGAUCGCCCGUCUUGAAGAGGAAGAGCUCAAGAUCUCCAAGACUGAGACCAGUGCUCGCAGCACUGACACUGCUAAGAAGCCCGCCAAGGCCAACGGUGCUCCCACCGCCGAGGCUGAGUUGGCUCAGGAGCUUGAUGCUGUUGCCGAUGCCUCGGAGGAGCUGAAGAAGGCGUCCCUCGAGGACCAGGAAUAG